AUGUGGGACGCCAAUCUUGCUGCAGAUGUCGAGCGCAAAUGGAAAGCAGAGGGGAAGAAGCACUUGUUUAAGGUGUAUCCUGGUACCAGGCAUGGCUUUGCGAGCCGUCCGAACCUCAGCAUACUCAAGAUCAAGGAAUCCUGGGAGACAGUUAUGCAAGACAUACCAUCCUGGUUUAACGAGACUCUGUGA